AUGUCAGCAGAAAUUGACUAUGAAGCACUCCCAGACACUGCGGGCCAUGGAGUGCACAUGUUGGCCGGUGCAUUGGCUGGAAUAUCAGAGCAUGCGAUCAUGUUCCCUGUCGAUAGCAUCAAAACGCGUAUGCAGGUCCUUUCCCCAUCACCCGCAGCCAUCUACUCUGGGAUGUCGAAUGCGAUAACGCGCAUCUCGUCCACCGAGGGGCUCCGCACAUUAUGGAGAGGAGUAGCCUCUGUCAUCGCCGGUGCCGGUCCUGCGCAUGCCGUGCAAUUUGGAACACUAGAGGCGGUCAACGAUAUGAUGGGCAAGAGGGAGGGAAGUUCCGCCUGGGUCUCGACAGCUGUGGCUGGUGCUGCAGCGGCAAUAACGAGCGACGCGGUCAUGACUCCUUUCGAUGUCAUCAAACAACGAAUGCAGGUUCACAACUCGGAAUAUCGAUCGGUGAUUACAUGCGCAAAGACUCUUUAUCGCCGAGAGGGGUUGACCGCAUUCUACGUCUCCUAUCCGACAACACUGCUCAUGACAAUACCCUUCACCGCAGUUCAAUUCUCUGUGUAUGACCGCACAUUGAACUAUAUCAACCCACACCGCAAGUAUGAUCCGUUAUCGCACAUUAUCUCUGGAGGCUUUGCAGGUGCCGUCGCCGCCGCCGUGACGACGCCCUUGGACGUCGCAAAGACAUUAUUACAGACGAGAGGAACAACAGAGGACAAGGAAAUCAGAGCAGCGAACGGGAUUAGAGACGCCGUGCGGAUUAUAUGGAAGCGGGAUGGCCUAAGAGGCUUCGGUCGAGGGCUUACCCCACGCGUAUUGACGUUCAUGCCCAGUAAUGCCCUCUGCUGGAUGAGCUACGAAUUCUUCAAAAUGGCCCUACGGUUAGGCGGAGAACAACAAACUCCACCGCGGACCAGCACACAUGCCUAA